AUGUCCGACAACCAAGACAACUCUCCUCCAUCCCCGGAGCCUCAGAUAAUAUCCGGAUGGGAGCACUCAAGAUAUGCGCACCGCGACACUGAACGUAACGCAUACAAGGGCAAGAACGAUGGGGGCGAUCCAGAGUGGUUGGAUUAUGGGUCCAAGAGUGCACGAUCCGGACGCAAUUAG